AUGCUUGAAAAAUUGAAUUUUUUCAAAAGUGAUAAGAAGGGCUCAAAUGAAGGGUUCGACAGCACCACAGAAACCAAAAAGAAGCAUCAUACUUUACAAUGGUAUGAACCAGGUACCACAAAGAAAGAGAAACUACUGAUCUUUAAACUUGAUUUCUUUCUUCUUACUUAUGCCUGUGCUGCCUUCUUUUUGAAAUAUCUUGAUCAAACAAACGUUAGUAAUGCCUAUGUCUCGGGUAUGAAAGAAGACUUGAAUAUGAAUAAAGAUCAACUGUCUUGGAUGAACACUUAUUUCAACAUUGGUAUCAUUGUGGGAUCUAUUCCAAGUACCAUGUUGGUCUCAUACAUCCGUCCUAGAUUAUAUCUACCUGCAAUGGAUGCUCUUUGGUCAUUAUGUGUGUUGUUUGUUUAUAAAUGUAACAAGGUGGAACAAAUUUAUGCACUUAGAUUCUUGAUGGGGUUCUUUGAAUCUUCUGCUAACCCAGCUACUCACUUCCUUAUUGGUGCUUGGUAUAAGAAGAGUGAAAUCUUACGUCGUUCAGCAUUCUUUGUUAUUUCUGGUGUCAUUGGUCAAGCUAUUUCUGGUUUCAUUCAAGGUGGGUUAUAUCAACAUAUGAAUGGUGUUCGUGGUCUAAGUGCUUGGAGAUGGUUGUUCAUUUUUGAUGCUAUACUAGGUAUACCAGUUAUUUUAUAUGGUUUGUUUGCUAUUCCAGAUACUCCUCAAACCACAAAGGCUUUCUACUUGAACGAAUGGGAAAGAAAACGUUGUGUUGAAAGAAUUGAUGAAGAUGGUAGAACUCCAACAGGUAAAUGGGAUAUGACAAUCUUUAAAAGAAUUUUUGGUUCAUGGCAAUUUUAUGUCUUUAUAGUGGCUUACUCAUUAUGGUCAUUAACUGGUGGUAAUUAUGUUAUGCAAUUUUACACUCUUUACUUGAAAUAUACUGGUGAUUAUACAAUUCCUCAAGUCAACUACAUGCCAACAUCAAUGAGUUGUGUUAAUUUGGUGUGUAUGUUAUCAUCUGGUAUUGUCUCUGAUUUGAUUGGUAAAAGAUGGCCAUUUUUAUUGUUUGUUGGGACAAUCUUGAUCUUUACAUAUAGUGUUAUGCUGAGCUCUGGAGCGUCGCAUCAUUUAAGAUUAGCUGCUUAUACUAUGACUGGUGCGUAUGGUUGUUUCACUCCUGUUCUUGCUGGUUGGUGUAAUAUCUCUUGUGGUGGUGAUCAACAUUUAAGAGCCGCUACACAAGCUUCAAUGAUUGUUGUUGGUCAAAUUGUUGUUACUCCAUUCCAACAAGAGCUUUUCCCAUCAAGUGAUGCGCCAUUUUAUAGAAAGACUAAAGGAUUUGCUUAUGGGUUAGCGUUUGUGAUUUGUUUAACUUUCUGGACUGUGGUUGUUAUCCCAAUGGUUGAGAGUCACUUUGAGAAGAAGAAGCAAAAAAAUGAUAGCCCAGUUGAACUAGAUUCACAGAUUGAUAAUUCCACUGAUUCUUUAAGUGACGAAAGAGUUAAGAGUAUACAUGUUCAAAAUACGGGAAAGGAUGAAGGUCGUGCUAAUGCUGUUUGA